AUGUGGGUAGGAGAGGGAUUGAAGGUUGAAGAGAUUCAUGGGAAAGGAAGGGGUUUGGUUUCAUCUCAGCCAUUGAAAGGUGGUCAAGUUGUGCUCAAAGAUUCCCCGAUUCUCCUCUACUCUACUCGCCCGUUGAAUCCGCAGCAGCAAGUCCAUUCAACCUCCGCUCUCUACUGUGACAAUUGCUUCAGAAGGAUACAGCCAGCUUCAGCUGCAAUACCUUGCCCUUCAUGCUCUCACAACAACAAUCACCAUUUCUGCAGCACUAACUGCCUCUCAGUUGCAGCUGCCUCCUCUCACUCUCCUUGGGUAUGCCAAUCCCUUGCUCGCUUAAGUAAUUACCCUGAUCUUACUGUUCAUCAGCCUCUGGAGCGCCAGGUUCAAGCUCGGUAUCUCGUGGCUGCCUACAAUCUAGCUAUAGUGAACCCUUCCCAGUUCCAAAUUCUGAUGUCUCUCCAAUCCACCCACAGUGGUGAUGACGUUGCAUCAGCGAAAGCUGCCGUUUUCCUGCACUCCCUUAUAUCCACGCUUUGCCCGCCUCCUACCACAGCGCAAGGGUUUGCCUUUACGUUGGAACUGACAUCCUCUCUUCUGGCGCGGGACAAGCUCAAUGCUUUCGGUUUGAUGGAGAACAUUCGUGGGGAGAGGUCGGUCAGGGCUUAUGGUAUCUACCCGAGAGCUUCUCUGUUCAAUCACGAUUGCCUCCCGAAUGCUUGUAGAUUUGAUUAUGUGGACUCGGAGUCCGGUUCUAAUACCGACAUCAUCAUUCGGAUGAUUCACGAUGUCCCUCAGGGCAGAGAGAUCUGCCUUAGUUAUUUUCCAGUCAAUGAGAGCUACUCAUGUCGGCAGAAGAGACUGCUUGAGGAUUAUGGAUUCGCCUGUGAUUGUGACCGAUGUAAAGUUGAAGCGAAUUGGUCUGAUUCGGAUCAAGAGGAAAACGACGGGGGAGAGACUGACCAGGUGGAGGAGAUGGAUGAGGACCAAGAUGAGGAAAUGGAGGCAGGGGAAGAAGAUCUUCAUUCGGGUGAUGAUGAAGCCCGAGAAGACUUUCCUCAUGCUUACUUCUUCUUGAGGUACAUGUGUAAUGUGGAGAAUUGCUGGGGGACAAUGGCUCCUUUGCCUCCAUCAGAUGGUAACUCAUCUAAUUUGCUGGAGUGUAAUGUGUGUGGUAAUCUGAAAAAUGAUGAGCUUCUUGGUGCUGAAUGCUGA